UUAACACUUCCGGUGUAAACAACGUCAACAAAUGUUUUAGUAGUUUUUUUGUUAUUUUAGUUUAUCAAAAUGUUAGAGACAAAAGCAUUACUAUUGUUUACAUUUAUGUACUUUUUCUUUAGUGCUCUACUUGUUGCUCCGCCAACUGAGUUUAUAUCUGCUGGGCUAACUAUCCAGAAUGUGUUAUCUAGAUAUCUGGGCAGUGAACAAAUAGGAUUUGUCUACUUCCACAUCAAAAGAACGUCAGCAACGUUAAUUUUCCACAGUCUUUUGCCUCUAUGUUACUACAUUGCCCUGGGUCUGUUUGCCCCUCAGCUGCAACUCUUCACACCCUGGUUGGCACCUUUUUGGUGCCAGGUACUUCUGUCAAUUUCUCUGACAUUGGUAUCAGCAGCGUGCCUAGUGGUACUGUAUUGGUCACAAAACAAAUGGGACAAUCAUCCAAUAGCUAGGCAAUUAGACAACCUUAAAGAACCAGAGAGUAAUUGGAGAGCUGUGGCUUCAUCUGUCAAUGUGGAGUUUCGUAGAAUCGAUAAAUUCACUUCAGGACCCCCUACAGGGAGGAGAAUCAUUGUCACUGAUUCCUGGGUGAUCAAGACUUCCACAUAUUUUGUGCAUGUUGCUCAUCAGAGUGACAUUCACUUGAGUUUGUCAGCCACGGAGGAGCAUAAUAUAUCUUAUGAGAACAUGACGUCAGUGCAAUAUAUCCAUAUUGAUGUGAUUAGUAUUAACAAAAAUAUUUCACGUUUUACAUUAAGGUUAAAUGCUCUGGAUUACAAAGACUUAAAGGAGAAACUCCAGUCUCCAGUGAGGAAUGCUAGGAACAUUGUUAUCCGUCAGACUCUGAGUGAACAGUUCCUACAUGCCUUCGCGGAGCAGAUAUCUCUGAACCCAGUCUUUCACCCUCCUCCAAGCAUGGAGGUUGACACAUGUAUAGGCUGCAUGCAGAAACAGUCAGACAUAAACCUCUACAAGAGAUGUGAAAGUCCUGAGCCAGGCCAACCCGUGCCCGAGGGGAGCGGGGAGCCAUGUGUUCAGUGCUACUGUAGGCCCAUGUGGUGCCUAGAGUGUAUGGGCAAGUGGUUCGCUAGUCGACAAGACCAGCAGCGCCCUGACACUUGGCUGGGAAGCAAAUCACCGUGUCCCACUUGUAGGGCGGUAUUCUGCAUACUGGAUGUGUGUAAAAUCGAGUGGUAACAUACUCCUUGGAUGGUAUGCACUAGUCCCCUGGAAAAGACACUACAUUGCUCACAGAUAUUACCCAUGACAUAUGAAAUCAUCCUUCCUGGACGCACAUAACUGGGUUUCCAUAAAUGUGAAAGUGGAAAGGCUUUUGUUGCCCAGUGUUUUAUUACAAUGACGGUGGGUUCUUCUUUGAUGUUAUUGAAUAUAUGGUUAGUUUUAGUUUAUGUGCUAGCUCAGCAGAUUGGUGUCUGUGGCUCCACUUGCGAUUUUAUUUCUAUAAAUACAUAUUUUUAUGUUAGUGUUAACUUAAAACUAAAAUAUUUUAUCACAUGCUAUACCUUGUUUCCGGUUUAAAAUCGCAUUCACAUAUUUUUCUGUAUUACACAUGUGCUUUAUAACUCAAUUUCUAUUGGUCAGAAAAUAUAUCACUCCAAAUGUUUGUAAACAAAAUAAUUGGAAAAAAAAUAAUUGAUUUAUUGGCAAUAGUUUACCAAGUCAUACGUUUAUCUCUCAUUUUAUUUUUAUGUUGGAGAUUUAAUUGAAUACAGCAGAUGUUUUCGUUUCUUAAAUCUUAAGAAGAAAUCGUGGUAUUUCGUCUUGACUUUGUGAAAAACAUUUUCAAAAACGUUCGAGGACUUUUAAGGAGAGAAGUCUUAAAUUCUAGCUCAAAGCUAUCUCUUCUAUCUGUUUUCCUGUAAACUUGUAAUAUGCCGAUUUAUUAACACCAUUUCAAUAAAUAUUGUUUAAACCAAUGUGUGGAAACAGUAAUUUAAGUCCUGAACAUAUAAAACAAAUUAUGACGUUAUCUUACCGGAUAUGAUGUAACGAUUUAAAAGAAAGCACAUUUCGUUAAAAGUAUAAAAAAAUGUUUUACUUCCUUCCGGAUAUCAUCUUAGUAUGCAUUUUACUUAUACACGGAAGUUAAACAAUCGGAUGUACUUGUGGUUUUAAUUUUUUUUUCGAAUACUACAUUCCAUCAAUGCAUGUUACCCGGGAAAUGGCACUGCUUGUGGUAUUCGGCUUAUCACUAGAUUAGGCUAUUGUUACUAAACUUGCUGAAUAAAAGUGUGUAUCAUA